GCCAGCCCUUUAUGACAGGGUGGGCUGCUGUGAUGGAUGUGCUCCCAUCUAGGACCACAGGUAGGUGUUGAACGUUGACUCAAAGGGUCAGGGAAGGCUUCCCAGAAGUGAUUUCUUCACUGAGACCUGAAGGAUGAGUCGGAGUACUCCAGACAAAGAAGUAGGAGAACCGUGUUGAGACAGAGGAACUCGCAUGUGCAGAGGCCUGGGCUGCCCCAGAGCUUGUCUUGCUUACAACCAUGUCUCCCCCAGUCUUCCCAGGGAUGCUCAGAGAAUGCUUCAGAAAUGAACUCCACAACUGGCCGUGUGGGCUUAGACAAGUUACUUGCCCUUCCUGAACUUCAACUUCCUUCUCUGUCUGGUGGUUUAAUCAUUCUAACCUUCCAGGAUGAUGUAAGAAUUCAGUUCAUUCAGCUUCCAAAUGAUCAUGGAACACUUCCUCAAUGCCCUGCAUUUUAGGCCUGCCAGUGAAAUGAGAGGCUUGGGGCUUACGCACACGGCUGACCUGCAGCCAGAAAUAAGAAGGGAGCUAUGGGGAAGGGCAGGGCAGAGGGAGAGGUCCAAGGAGAGCGAGGACAGACAGUGGGAGGAAUGGGGUGGCUUGCAGUGAUUCAUGCCUUCACCAACCCCACCUUGUCCCCUGGUCAUGUCCCCUCCCCUUCCACUGCCACACCACCCCGAAGCUGACUUACCCACACUGGCUAGGUAAGCAUCCAGGGCAAUAGAACUUUUCUCCUCAUUCCUUUGCUGGACAACUUUGUAACCUGAAUAACAGGUUGGAACAAUCUCCAACAGGAAGGAGAAAACACACUGUUUUGGGGUUGAGUGGCUACAGAUGGAUUCUUGCUCCAUCCUGUGUACCUGCCCCGGGUGUCUUUCCCGCUCCCCACCCCAGCAGGCCAGUCCUGGGCCCCAGCUCCAGAACACCCACAGGCUGCCAGGACAAGCAGAUUGGACACUCAGAACACCAAGGAGCCCUGCAGGUGAAAGCUGACCCCAAGCCACCCUUCACCUGGACAAGAUGAGAGUGUCAGGUGUACUUCGCGUCCUGGCCCUCACCUUUGCCACGGUCACCACAUGGAUCGUUAUUCGAAACUACAUGGGCUUCAGCACAAAAACCAUCCGUCUGCCGCGAUGGCUAGGCUCAUCCACCAAGGAGACCCAGGUCAUGAAGCACAAAUGUGGCCUUAUCAAGCCCUGCCCAGCCAACCACUUUGCGUUUAAAAUCGGCAGCGGAGCUGCCAACGUCGUGGGCCCUACUAUGUGCUUUGAAAACCACAUGAUCAUGAGUCCUGUGAAAAACAACGUGGGCAGAGGCCUGAACAUCGCCCUGGUGAAUGGAACCACGGGAGCGGUGCUGAGUCAGAGGGCAUUUGACAUGUACUCUGGAGAUGUUAAGCACCUGGUGAAAUUCCUUAAAGAAAUUCCAGAGGGUGCACUGGUGCUGGUGGCCUCCUAUGACGACCCAGGGACCAAAAUGAAUGAUGAAGCCAGGGAACUCUUCACCAACCUAGGAAGUUCCUACGCAAAACACCUGGGCUUCCGGGACAGCUGGGUCUUCGUAGGAGCCAAAGACCUCAGGGAUAAAAGCCCCUUUGAGCAGUUCUUAAAGAACAACCCAAACACCAACAAAUACGAGGGAUGGCCAGAGCUGCUGGAGAUGGAGGGCUGCGUGCCCCCAAAGCCAUUUUAGGGUGACUGUGGCUCUUCUUGUGCUUGGGGGCCUGAAGAAGCUCCUGCCUGACUUAGGGGUCAGAGCCCAGCAGGCGCCGAGGAGGAGGAGCAGAGGGUGCCCCGUGGAAGGCGCUGUCUGUUGGUCCUUGUGCGCUGUGUCGCGCUUCCCCCCCUCGGAAGCAGAACCCUCCCACAGCACAUCCCACCUAGGAGACCAGCCUCAGAGGGUCCUUCCGGAACCAGCUGUCUGUGGAGAGAAUAGAGUGCUUUCGUCAGCGACUGCUGACGGCCUGUCUAAGGAAGGACUGACUGCCCACAAUUGAGCCCAAUUAAAUUUUAUUUUUGCUGGU